ACUAGUUACUAUUACACUAGUAGUCUCAGUGCUCUCGACCAUCUUCUGUCUUAUCCUGUCGCUCUCCGAGUUAUCCUAUUCGCCCUAAACCUUCAAACAAAUAUGCCGCGAGGACGCAAACGAGAUCCUACAUCCUCCCCGUCGCGAGCUCUAUUGCAGCAACGUGAAUAUCGUGCCCGGAGAGCACAAUACGUAUCCAGUCUUGAAAACAGGUGUCAGAUGAUUGAAGAAGAGAAUAGUCAACUUCGACAGGAGAUAGCUGAUUUGCAAUUACAGACAGGCAGCAGCGGCGUAGUAGCUAAUAGGGAUCCGCAAAUUAUUGCAGCCGCUGUUGAACUCCUUAAUCAGCUCCAAGAGACUACGACCUCGGUGUCUCGCUUUCAGCAGUUGUCGCAGCCAUAUCGCCAGCUUUUCGUGCAAAUGAAUACUUCCGGCCAGGAUGUCUUCCAUCUACCUACCCCGGCUCCGACGGAGUAUGUGGACUCUGACACCCCAGUAUCCUACUCUGCUCCUGCAAGGGACCAUGUUCAGAACGUUGAUGGAAGCUCACCGGAAUCCUUGAGCGUUCCGUCCAUACAGAUUACACACGCUACCGAGUCAUCCCCUCCAUCUCCUAAGUCUGGUUCUGAUUCUCGGGAUAGAGAGUUGGAUGUGGCUCCGUCUGCAGAAGAAACUGUCUGUUGUUGGGGCUAUUUUGACUGCGGGGAGGAUGGCACUCAUCAGCAUAAUGAUCAAUCGGCCCAUCAACCCAUGAACGGGACCUCUGUCAUACCUUCUGAUCGUCGCACCGCUAACGAGCAAAGUCCCUCGGGUCACUUUAACACAUCUGACAUGCGAUCGACCUCUUCGUGACCAGCUUCCGAAACCUUCAUGAAUCCGUUUUCGCAGGUCAACAUUUCUCAUUGCUAUUCGCGAAUCCGCGUCUCGUUUAACUACCUACUUCAUCUCGUAUACCCUUAUGAUCGACAUACCCGUGAACAAGCUAUUUCAACUGGAAAGAGGUUUAUCACUGUCUCUCUUCAAAAAGGAUACCAUCCUGGCGUUUCUCCACGUCGUUGAAACCUUCAACUUCGUCCGCUGGCCACGACAAUCUUUUUCGAAGGUAUAAUGCUACCCACGUCAAGGCAAGCAAGACCGGCACCUCCACCAAUGGUCCGAUGGUCGCCGCAAGAGCCUGGUCGGAGCCUACCCCAUACACCGAAAUGCAUACCGCGAUUGCUAGUUCCUAUCACAGGGCAUCAGGAAGAAUUUUCAUAAAGCCAUUAGAUGAUACUCACGAAAUUAUUACUCCCAGCAGUAAACGAUUGUACGACUGCCAUCUCAUACCUCCACAAUGUCUUCUUGCCUUCGCGCCUUGACAAGCGCCAAAUCAGGAAGAACGCGGUGCUCCACAUGAUACAGAAAUAUAGUAUCAUAGGGACAAAGACUCGGAAGACUGGUCCAAGAUUGUGGACGAUGUGGUGACCUUGAUAUGCAAACAUCACCAAGAUGGUGUAUAGGAGACCCAACAGGGCGAUAGGGCUGAAGAAAGGAAGAAAGCGAGUGUGGAAGAAUUGUCGUGAUGUGAGGGUAAGGAGGAUGGCGCGUGUAAGGAGACCAAGAAGCAGAGGUAUACCGAGAUACUGAAAAGAUUGCUACAUCACCGUAUGCGAGGUGAAUAUCGGAUCCUGGACCUUCACCUCCAAUGAUAUUGACAAACAACAGAGAGAAUGUUCGCGUCGCCUCCGGCAAGUUGGUUCCAGAUCAUGACCAUGGCAAUGCAUCUAGCGAGACCGACCAUGAUAACGCCUGUACGGUACGUUGGUAGGUCAGGGAGGGUCGCCCAGGCCAAGCCGAGCAUGAUGAAAGGUCCCACGAUC